AUGGCCACCGAGACCUUCCUCGCCAGGCUCUGCGAGCAGGCCGAGCGCUACGAUGAGAUGGUUACGUACAUGAAGGAGGUUGCCAAGCUUGGUGGUGAGCUUACCGUCGACGAGCGCAACCUGCUGUCGGUUGCCUACAAGAACGUCGUCGGCACCCGCCGCGCCAGCUGGCGCAUCAUCUCCUCGAUCGAGCAGAAGGAGGAGUCCAAGGGCUCAGACAAGCACGUGUCCACCAUCCGUGACUAUCGCAACAAGAUCGAGGCCGAGCUUGAGAAGGUCUGCCAGGAUGUCCUCGAUGUCCUUGACGAGUCGCUCAUCCCCAACGCCGCCUCGGGCGAGUCCAAGGUUUUCUACCACAAGAUGAAGGGUGACUACCACCGUUACCUCGCCGAGUUUGCCUCGGGUGAGAAGCGCAAGUCUGCUGCCACCGCUGCUCAUGAGGCCUACAAGAGCGCCACCGAUGUUGCCCAGACAGAGCUUACCCCCACUCACCCCAUCCGUCUGGGUCUGGCCCUUAACUUCUCCGUCUUCUACUAUGAGAUCCUGAACUCGCCCGACCGCGCUUGCCACCUGGCCAAGCAGGCAUUUGACGAUGCCAUUGCCGAGCUCGACUCUCUGUCCGAGGAGUCAUACCGUGACAGCACUCUUAUCAUGCAGCUGCUCCGCGACAACCUGACCCUCUGGACCUCGUCUGAGACGGGUGAGGGUGAGGCCGCCGCCGGUGCUGCCGAUGCGGCUGCUGCCCCCAAGGACGAGGCUAAGACGGAUGCGCCCGCUGCUGAGAAGACGGAGGCCAAGGCUGACGAGCCUGCCGCUGCCCCCGCUUCGUAA